AUGGGUAACCCUGGCAGCUCGCGUUGGUCACUAUGGUCAAAGAGCGAACCCCCAAAGCUGGAGGAAAUGUUCAACGAGGAAUCGGCCAGAAGCGAUUUAUUUUUGACUGAGGAGUCAGAGGAGCUAUCAGAGCGCUUGCACAAAUGCAUAUCAAAGGAUCAACUUGAGAAACUGCACUCAGCCUUUCUUAACACUCCCGAACGGCAAGUCGGGAUCGAAGGUUUGCGAAUCAUGCUGGAAGAUCUAGAUGUCAUGUCUAACGACUCGAUGUAUACCCGACUCUUUUUAAAGAUCAAUCAGAAUCGAGAUUUUAAGGUGGACUGGAACGAGUUUGUUUCCUAUCUAAUUUAUGGAUUUCAAGAGGAGGAUCCCAGUAGCCAAAAGGAGUCUCUUGUUUUACCGAUUUCAGGACCUCCAAUGGUGAGGAAAUCAGAACAUCGGUCGGCUAUAUGUUGUUUGGCGCUGCUUAAGGGAAAAUCGGAUCAAGUACCCAUUGACAAGAUGACAGAGACAGUUAUCUUCUCUUUUGGCGGCGAAGAUUCUCCAGAAGCUUCCGGCAUGUGGGUCACAGCCAGCCACGAAGGCAUGAUGCGAUUCUGGACAUCGCAUAUGGAACCUAUUCGUACAGCAUCAUCGGAAAGCAGGGUGGAUGAGCAAAAAGCCAAAUUACCGGCCAAUUCCCAACCCCACCGGGAUAGCGGCGCCAGCUUAAACGGGGCCCUGAUGUCCGAGUCGGAGCGGUAUAGCUCCCAUCAGGCAUAA